AUGGAAGCCUCCGGGUCUCAAGCAUCCUCAAAACGUCGCAUCCCCGGAUUGCCGAAUCCAGUGAUUGCGGCGACACAGUCAAAAUGGCUCUUUACGGAUGAGGAGCUCGAGCGAACGCCGUCACGCACCGACAAGAUUGACCGAGAGAAGGAGGAUUACAUUCGACAUCGUGCUGUGGAGUUCAUAUGGCAGGUCAGCAUGAUGCUCAAGAUGCCACCGCAAACAUCCAUGACAGCAACAGUCCUCAUGCAUCGCUUCCUCAUGCGCUACUCCUUGCGGGGACAAUAUCCGGAAAUGGGCGCCGAUCUCAUGCAUCCCAAGGUCAUCGCGGCCGUGGCACUUUUCGUGGCCUUCAAGGUCGACGAAACGAUGCGUCGCAUGAAGGACUUCGUCGUGGCUUGCUGCCGCGUCGCCAUGAAGCAGCCGGACUUGGUCGUGGACGAGCAGUCCAAGGAUUACUGGAAGUGGCGUGAUCUGAUUUUACAGAAUGAGAGUGUGAUGUUGGAGUUCCUCUGCUUCGACCUUCAGCUCGAGUCGCCCUAUCGCAUCCUUUGGGAUUAUUCUCUCUUUCUCGGUGUAGGCGACAACAGGCCCCUUCGGCACUCCGCAUACGCCUUUUUGAACGAUUCUACCUACACCGUACUCUGUCUACAGUUCCAACCACGCGUCAUUGCCGCCGCCGCGCUGUACGCUGCGGCUCGUCAUUGCAAAGUUGCAUUCCCGGAUGACGCAGAGGGUCGCCCAUGGUGGGAACAACUGGACGUCAACGUGGGCGAGCUUAUCCGCGCUUGCAAGCUGAUUGUCAAUAUCUAUGAGCGUGUACAGCAGAAUCUCAGCAAGGGUUAUCCGGACUUUACCUUCUCAGAUGCGGAUGCCAAUGAUCCAACUCGUCUCUUCAACAACAAUCCUCUUGCCGAUCCCAUCCUUACUCCACGACUCGACACGCCCAGCAGCUCGGCUGCUACAAAUGGGCGUAAACGCUCGCGAGAGCCCGAAUCUCACCUUAACGAACAUAAUCAACCAACUCCCCCAGCGCAAGACCCUUCCUCCUUGAACGGGGACCGCUCACCAAAGCGUCAGCGCACCAUCUCUCCCCAUCCUGCAAACAUUGCAACUGCGUCCCCCUCAGUCCCGGCUCGUCCGCGCAUACCAGUCCGAGCGGUAGAACUCCUGCGACAAAACAAAGCCACAGAUCAAACACCCGGGGACAAACAUGACCAGAAUUCUGCUCCACAACAACCACCCUCCGCUCACAAUCUUCAACCGACUCCCCACCCAGACGAAACGAGUGCCGAAGAAGGAGAAGUAUCAGAUGAUAAGAAAGGCGACACACCCACGAUUCAGCGAUCCCACGAUACCGAACAAUCCGGGCCACACGCUACGGCGAAAGUCAACGGUGUCAAUAGCGACGAGGGAGAUGGAAGCGAAGAAGGCGAGAUCUGA